AUGCCGACUCCCUUUGAUGUCCAGGAGCGCGCCGAGCGCGCCGCCCGGAACCUGGCGUCCUCCUCGGCGUCGAGCACCGAUCGCUAUGUCGGGGAAGGACAAGGCUUGUCGGAAGGUGCCAAGAGCACCAACGAUGAGGAGGCGGAAGAGGAGCCUUUGCCAGACCGAGAGCUCUGGGAAUCCGUCGUGGAGAAGGAUUGGCAGCUCCUGGGGCAUGCGCCCACCCCCCUGCGCCGCGACCGGAGGUUUCUCUCCUCACUGCUGUCUCGUCACGGCUUGGCGCUGAUGCACGCAGCACCGCAGCUGCGGAAUGACAGGGAUCUGGUCCUCGUGGCCUUGCGGAGUCACGGCGGGGCGCUGGCCUUUGCCAGCCAAGAGCUGCGGUCGGAUCGAGGCCUCGUGCAGGAAGCUGUACAUCACAGUGGCCUCGCCCUGCAGUUUGCGAGUGCAGAGCUAUUGCGAGACCGUGAGCUGGUCUUGCAGGCUGUGGAACAUUGCGGAUUUGCCCUGCAAUUUGUUCCUGAGGACCUCCGAGAGGAUCCUGCCAUAGCCCUUGCCGCGGUCAGGCAGAAUGGCGAUGUUCUGAAGCUGCUGUCCCCGCAGCUGAGGGCCAACCCGAAAAUCGUCCUGGCGGGCCUGAACGCAGCGCCUGCAGCGACUCUGAAGGUGGAAGAGGUUUCCGUCGCUGACAUCGAAAGCAACCUGGCCCACCUCUGA